UCAUUUAUGUUUUAAAAGUUAAAAUUAAAAAGGAAAAAUGGACUCAGCAACACUGAAUUAUUUUUCAUCAAUUAAUCCUCUGACAAAGCGGGUUGUGGGUGAUGUUUUACUGGUGGAGGAAUUGCUUGGGGAUGGAUGGAGUGCAAUGAACCUGAAUGAAAAAGAAACUACUCUGGACGAUUACUUUGUCAAACCAGACGUCAGAAGAGUGUACCAAGAUGUUGACAAGACAGAGGAGUACCCACAAAGUUUUCCGCGAUUGGCAUUAUCAUCUGGAGAGAAAAUAAUCGUAGAUGAGAACAAUGAUUUUUGGACAUGGCAAGAUGAGCAUUCUGCACCUUUUUCAUGGCGAUCUAAGAGUCAGGAAGACUUAACUUUGGCUGACUUGGAACCUGAAGAGUUGGCAAAACCUUCAAAAACAACCAAAUCAAAAAAGCAAGAGUCAAAUUCAUCUGUCAAACCAAGUGAGAGACAAUUUCAAUAUAAGAAUGAAAGUUUAUGGAACAGUACAUUCCCAGAAAAGCUGAAAGAAAGGAAUUCAGUAAGACGUACUGAAAUCAACACACUAGAGGACCUGAAAGACUCCGAGAGAAGAAGUCAGAGCCCUGAGGCCAUUAACUAUGCAUUCAAAGGCAGCAAUGGGGAUCUUUCAGGUCCUCCUCCUGAAAAGCAACCAAAUGGUACACUUCAAGACUCACCUAAGAGAGCAUCACCAGCAAAGUCAGAAAGUAAAAAUACAAAGUUACAUUUAUCAUCCUCAUUUUCUAGAAAAAAUCAGCAGGACUGUGAAUUUCUGGUUGAAAAGAGAAAGGAAUCUUUGCCAAAAUCCAAGUCCAACUCAAGGGAAUUCAAUGAUGUUGAACUGAAUGCAUUUGAUAACCCUGCAAUGGCAGUGGGUGUGGCAUUGAUUAACCAGGAAGAGGACAGUUCCAGUAGCUCUAACUCCUCCCCCGCCCACAAACCUCUGCUUAAGGAACCAAUCAGACAAAUCAUGGAGCGAGAGGAAGUGAUUUUUCAACAGCCCUCUUUUAGUGAGGAGGAUGGGUAUAGGACUGCUGAACUCAAACAAGUUGACAACACACCAUCAGAGGCAUUAAAUGAUUCUUCUAUACCAAUGACUGGGUUUGACUUCUUGGAUCAGUGGUGAGGAAUAUCCAGGAUUAAAGAGCUACAUGUAUACAGAAUGCAGCAAGUAAGGAACACUGCCACAAUUAUAAGUAUAAUGAUUCCAUCAGUGUGUAAACAUGCACAAGAGUAAGAUACUGCACUAUGUAAUUUUCCACUUUAUCAUGUAAAUUAAUUCUUAUAUACAAUGUACAUUCAUUGUAUACAGUACAUGAUUAUACACCCAAACUCAAUAAAUUGGUGCAAUUCAAGAUAUUUUUUCUUCA